ACAAAGGUGCCACUCAUGCAGGUGUGAAUCGCGGCGUUCUCUUCUCUGCUUCUGGUUGGCAUGGAGCGUCGAGAUCUGAUCUUGACAGCAGUAUUCGGUACAUUCGGCGCCCUCGGCGUCUUACUCGGCCUCGGUCUGGCUGCUUGGCUUUAUCUUCGGGCCAGAAGGUCCAAGGGGCGUGACGGCGAUCUAGAAGAUCAAAUGGAUAACGGCGAGGGUACUAGCUGCAGUCAGCCCCAGCAAACCAAGAAAAAUGGAUUUCUCAAUCUCAAAACCCCAUUGAUCAGCACCAAGGCGCUUGGGGCGCAGUUAGAAACGACUGGAAAUCCUGGUAGCAAAUCACCGGCCGGGGGAAGCGGCGGUACUGGCGGCGCCGGAGGUGGCAGUGGAGUCGGUGGGGGUGGUGAACCGCGCACUCCAACUGCUGGACCACAAAAUAAGCAGCUGGCGAACGUUAAAGGAGACCAUCCCUCGAAAGCAUUUUUACAGAGUAGAUCAAUCUCACUCGUGGAUAUGUACAUCGACAAUACCGAGCCCAGCGAAAACGUUGGACAAAUACACUUUAGUCUUGAAUAUGACUAUCAAAAUACAACGCUCAUCCUGCGCAUAAUACAGGGUAAAGAUCUACCAGCAAAGGACCUUUCAGGCACGUCCGAUCCGUACGUGAGGGUCACACUACUGCCCGACAAGAAGCAUCGUCUCGAGACUAAAAUCAAAAGGAGAACUCUGAAUCCAAGGUGGAAUGAGACCCUCUACUUCGAAGGAUUCCCAAUCCAAAAAUUACAGAGCCGAGUGCUGCAUCUCCACGUAUUCGACUACGAUCGAUUCUCGAGAGACGACUCCAUCGGAGAAAUGUUCCUACCCCUCUGUCAGGUCGAUCUCUCCGAGAAGCCGUCGUUCUGGAAGGCCCUUAAACCACCCGCGAAAGAUAAAUGUGGUGAACUACUGUGCUCACUCUGCUAUCAUCCGAGCAAUUCAGUUCUCACAUUGACCCUGCUAAAAGCCAGAAAUCUCAAGGCUAAAGACAUAAAUGGAAAAUCAGAUCCCUAUGUGAAGGUGUGGCUGCAGUUCGGUGACAAGAGGAUCGAGAAACGAAAGACACCGAUAUUCAAGUGCACCCUGAAUCCAGUGUUCAAUGAGGCAUUCUCAUUUAACGUACCCUGGGAAAAGAUCAGGGAGUGCUCGCUCGAUGUCAUGGUCAUGGAUUUCGAUAAUAUUGGACGCAACGAGCUCAUUGGUCGUAUACAGUUAGCAGGUAAAAAUGGAAGUGGUGCCAGUGAGACGAAGCACUGGCAGGACAUGAUCACAAAGCCAAGACAAACAAUUGUACAGUGGCAUCGUCUGAAGCCUGAGUAGGAGAGGCGAGGGAUCACGGGCAAGCGUUUUUCAAAUGUAACAACAACAACUUACAACUUCCCAACAGUAUCAGCGGCGUCUGUGGUUCGUGUAGUUCGUAGUGGCGUUGGUCAUUGUUCACCAGUCACACGUAAACGCAAGUGGAGGGAUGAUGAUGAUGCUACGAAACCAGAUAAAACGCCUGAAAAAUUGCCGGCCAUCAAGGCCGAGGGUAACUUGGUGGUGAGGCUCAUCAAGAAGAUAAAAAGGCGAAAGCGGGAGAUGAGGGAGGCGAAGAAGAGUGAGGAAAAUCCAUGAAACACCUCUGAAAAUUUUUUAACAUUGCAAAUGAAAAAUAAUUUUCUCCCCCUCUCCCUCCCACCCACCCUCGAGCGACGCAAAUGGCCGUCCGGUGUUUGUAAAUAGCGCACGCACACGAAUGAAAAAUGAGGAAAUUGGUGGAAAAAAAAAGUAUUUCGAGCGUGGAGUUUUUACAUGAAGGAUUACACGAGAAAAAAAUUCAAUUACACGUUGGUUACCCGACAGAGCGCCCCAAGCGUUUCCGAGGAGGAAAAUUAUCCGCGAUAUGUCUCUCGGAUACCCGUGAACCUUUAUAUAACUUCGACGGGAAUUUCAGACGCCCCAGAAUUGGCUGGAGUUGAAUGAGAAAAAUGGGAAGAAAGAAAAUCUUGCCCGCAGAUCCGUUUUCGAGAUAAGAAAAUUUUUCUAAUCGUAGGAUUUUUUCCCCUUAAAUAUGAGAAUUUUGUCGUUCAGUGAAACGAUAUAAAUUGAAUAGUGACGUAAUAUGUUGAUUUGCAUUGCGAGUGUAAAAAGAGUUAAGAAAUUUUUACGAUUUUAGAUGGGAGUCUUGCGGAAAUUCGAUUGGAGUUGAGUAACUGGUGAAUUUCUCGAAACUCUGCGCAUUAAUUUCGGUUUCUUCGAUUAUUUUCGUGUUCUCUUGCGCUUGAUUUCUCCUUUCGCAGUGAUGAAUGGCAGUUGCGUCAUUUGCAAAGUGACAUUCACCUGUCAUCGCAGCUUACUAGACUUAUUUUCCCCCUUUCGAAUGUUAAAUUUCUCUCGCGGGAUGGAAAAAACAUGAAGGACGUAAUCCUGAGUUCACAAAGUGUCAAUUUAAAACUUGACGCAACUCUGCGCUUCCUUCUCACCUAUUUUUUAUGGAAGUUGUCGCAGCCAAUGACUGUCUCGAAUAAAAUUGCGAAAUAAUCAAUACAGAGAUCUGUGAACAUGCAACUCCUCGCGUCUAGUGACUCUCCGUCACGAUCCGGCGUUUCUCGCAGCUCGGUCGCUCGUGUAACCGCAGAAAUAAAUCUCUCGAAGUAUCUACAACUAUUGCUGUGCACUCGAUUAAUUCAACUAUCAAUUGUCAGUCUCAAAAUACUAACAUCAAUCAGCAAUUAAUGACACUCAACGUACAAUUAUCCUGAGUUAACAGUUUCACUGGUGUGUGUCGAGACGAAACAUGAUGUCAAACUGGCUCGUAAGUGAAUCUUUUUGAUUAUUAAUAUAGCAAUCGAUAAAGGAAAGAAUAUUUUUGACGGAACUUUUGUAUUGAAACAAAAAAUAUAUAAAAAUGAAAAAAAAAAUACAAAAAAAGGAGAACGUGUGAGACACUUUUUGGGGGAAAUGAAUUUCAAAUAAAAUUGUGAUCGGUGUACCUUAUCCAUGCACUAAUGAAAAAAAUGAUUGAGGGAAGAGCGUGGAAAUAGUAUUAAUUAUAUUGUACUCAGUAGUCUGCUGUUGUUAACAAUAAAACGUAGUAACGUUUUGUCCCUUCCUGAAAAUUCCAAAAGUGAAAAUUACCACUCGAAAUUUGUGUCAACAUCAAUUUCAUCGUUUCAACGGCUAGUGAAGAGCCAUCGUAAAAAUGCCAGCUUAAUCCAAUUUAACAAAUCAACAAGUUAUUCUAUCGUUUACGCAGGCGUAGCUGAAACGUGUUGAAUUUUAAUUGAUCGUUGGCCGAUUUCGUAAGCUCACGAAAUAUUACGAAAUUGCGAUUGCAAUCAUGAUAGUUAAAUGCCCGGGGAUAAAUCCGAUAAAUUUUAAUGAGUAAUCCUUUGUUUAAGGAUAUCCAAGUUCUUUUUACAAUUUGGUAGGGAAAAAGAGUAAAAUUAAUUCUCAAUUUGGGGAAAAAUUAAUAUUUCCUGAACAUUCCCCGGAAAUAUAUAAUUGGAAUGGAUCAAACUUUCGAAAUUAUUUUUUUUAAGUCGUUAAUUCGUCAAUAAUAAUAAUCAAUAAUUUAUUCAUUGAGGGGAGA